CACGCACACACACACACACACACACUGAAAGGGAUGGAUUCCAGCAGCGCACGCUGACACUACACCCUUGCGCGAGGAGAGAAGAGUGACGUUAUUCUAACUCCAUGAGGUGUGCAGUCAUGGUUCUGAGGGGGCUGUUCUUGUUGCUGCUGCUGGUUCAGUUUUCCGCUGAGGGCACUGCCAAAGAAGGAGGCAAACCCAAGAAAGGCAAGAAGGGCAAACAAGUCAUCUGUCCCUCUCAGUUGUCGGCUGAAGACCUCGAUCGAGUUCCUGCCAACUCCACCAGUAACAUCCUCAACCGUCUGCUGGUGACUUAUGACUCCCGUAUCCGCCCCAACUUCAAAGGCAUUCCAGUGGAGGACAAGGUGAACAUUUUCAUCAACAGCUUUGGGUCAAUUCAGGAGACCACCAUGGACUACCGUGUAAACAUAUUCCUGCGGCAGCGAUGGAACGACCCGCGACUGCGCUUGCCGACGGACUUCAAAUCGGACUCACUGACCGUGGACCCCAAAAUGUUCCAGUGCCUCUGGAAGCCCGACCUUUUUUUUGCCAAUGAAAAGAAUGCCAACUUCCACGACGUCACCCAGGAGAACAUCCUGCUCUUCAUCUUUCGGAACGGCGACGUCCUCAUUAGCAUGAGGUUGUCAGUGACUCUAUCUUGUCCCCUGGAUCUCACCCUUUUUCCUAUGGACACGCAACUAUGCAAAAUGCAACUGGAAAGCUUUGGCUACACCACAAAGGACCUGGUGUUCAUGUGGCAGUCUGGGGACCCAGUUCAGAUGGACGAAAUUGCAUUGCCGCAAUUUGACGUCAAGCAAGAGGAUAUUGAGUACGGCAACUGCACCAAAUUCUAUCCUGGAACAGGCUAUUAUACAUGUGUGGAGGUGAUAUUCACAUUGAGGAGGCAGGUGGGCUUCUAUAUGAUGGGUGUCUAUGCUCCCACUCUGCUCAUUGUGGUGCUGUCAUGGCUCUCUUUCUGGAUCAACCCCGAUGCCAGCGCAGCCCGCGUUCCAUUAGGUAUUCUGUCAGUUUUGUCACUCUCUUCUGAGUGUACGUCUCUUGCGUCUGAACUGCCAAAGGUUUCAUAUGUGAAGGCCAUUGAUAUCUGGAUGAUUGCCUGCCUGCUCUUCGGCUUUGCCUCUCUGGUGGAGUACGCUGUGGUUCAGGUCAUGCUGAACAGUCCUAAGCGCAUAGAGGCGGAGAAGGCAAAGAUGGCGCAGAAAGACAAGGAGAGAGAAAAAGAAGGGAAGACUCCAGCCAAAGCCAACACGGUCAACGGCACCGGCGGAACACCUAUUCACGUCAGUACGUUACAGGUUGUUGAAACUCGCUGCAAGAAAGUGUGUACCUCCAAAUCAGAUCUGCGCUCCAACGACUUCAGCAUAGUGGGUUCCCUCCCGCGGGACUUUGAGCUAUCCAACUUUGACUGCUACGGCAAACCCAUCGAGGUGGCCAAUGCUCUGGGCAAGUCGCAGAACAAAAACAACAAGAAGCCACCGCCUGCCAAACCAGUGAUUCCAUCUGCCGCCAAGAGAAUUGACCUUUACGCCCGUGCUCUCUUCCCUUUCUCCUUCCUCUUCUUCAACGUCAUCUACUGGUCUGUUUACCUGUGAGCAUCUCAGACAGUGUUAGGGGUGUAGAUUUCUGACCUCAGUGCGAUUAUUUGAUUGAUUAUGGCUCUUUAGGAAACUACACAAUACAUCAUAAAAUCCUACAUUUCACCACGAUUGGAUUAUGUUUGGAAUGAUUCAGAAAGUGUUUUAUAUUAUACACAGGAUACACUGAUGUGACUGUUUACACAGUGGUGAGUAUAUAUCCUGCGCAGAAUUCAGAGACCACCUUUUCAUAUAUUUAAUUUCCAGUCAAAACAGCCACAGUCAUGUUGUUCAUAUUUGUCAGAAAAAAGCAGCAAACAUAUACUUAACAGAAGAUUACACAGAAGCCUCUGGUAUAAGUAUUAUAUCAAACCUAUCUGCAUUUA